AGCCAACAGACACGGAGCCUGCACGCGCAGUGCGGCCUCAGCUCGGCCACGUGGUGCCAGUGCCACAGAGCGGUCGGCCGGCCACGUCGCGUGCUUAAAUACGCCGACGACGACAGAGCUAGACGAGAGUACGCCGUUGCCCCCUGCUGCCGGCCUGCUGCAGCACACUGAUCCACGGAUCAGGGAGAGGGAGAGGGCGGAGAGGGGAAGAGAUCAGAGAGAUGGGGAGGAGGGCGUGCUGUGCCAAGGAAGGGAUGAAGAGAGGGGCGUGGACGAGCAAGGAAGAUGGCAUCUUGGCCGCCUACGUCAAGGCCCACGGCGAAGGCAAAUGGAGGGAAGUCCCCCAGAAAGCCGGUCUGCGUCGGUGCGGCAAGAGCUGCCGGCUGCGGUGGCUCAACUACCUCCGGCCGAACAUCAAGCGCGGCAACAUCUCCGAUGACGAGGAGGACCUCAUCGUCCGCCUCCACAAGCUCCUCGGCAACAGGUGGUCUCUGAUCGCAGCCAGGCUGCCGGGCCGAACAGACAAUGAAAUCAAGAACUACUGGAACAGCACGCUCGGCCGGAGGGCCGGCGCCGGCGGCAGCAGGGCGGUCGCCGGCACGCCCGACACCCCGGCGGCGUCGGGCAGCUGCGAGACCGGCCAGAAGGGCGCCGCCGCUCCUCACGCGGACCCCGACUCGGCUGGAUCCGCCACCGCCGCCGCCGAGACGGCCGCCUCGGCGGCCGUAUGGGCGCCCAAGGCCGUGCGGUGCACGGGCGGCCUCUUCAUCCACCCGGACCGGGACACGCCGCCCGCGGACGAGACGCCGCCAACGGCCGGGGGAGGAGCAGGAGGGUCAGGGGAAGGAUCGUCGGAAGACUGCAGCUCGGCGGCGUCGACCUUCGCGGGCGCCGACGAGGAGCCGUGCUUCCCCGGCGACGGCGGCGACUGGAUGGACGAUGUGAGGGCCCUGGCGUCGUUCCUCGAGAACGACGAGGAGUGGGUCCGGAGCCAGGUGGCCGAGCAGCUGGCGUAGACAACAAGUAUACGUGUACGCGUAGCUACGUACUGUACACCGUAUACGUAUGCGCAUCAGCGCACGCAUGAUGUACUUGUCGGUGUGGGUGUGUGUGGUGUGAUCGUGGUAGACUGGUAGGUCGAUCGUAGGUGUGGCCAUUCCGCUGUGAUGCUUCGAUGCAAGAUCUGUUGAGGCAGCUCAAUGCUGGCUGAUUUUAUUAGUUUUA